AUGUCGUCCGUCGCCGGGCGCAAAAAGUCUAUGAUCUCCGCCACGACUCCGACCAUCGAGUCCCCCGUCGCCAAUAACACCCUGCUCAAUAAAGCCGCUUCACAGUCGACGUCCCUCUACCAGCAAUGUUCCGCCCUACGCAGUCGAUUAAUGCACAUCCAGGACUUUUCUGAGUGGCUCUCCCUCUCCUCUCCGGACUCCUCGCGAGGCACCGAUCCGGUGACUCAGCUAUGGCAUUGCUUCCGUCUGGGUGUUCCUCUCUGCUAUCUGUUUAACCUCCUUUCUGCUCCUUACACGUCUAUCAGCAUUGACACCGACCCAAGUUCGUUCGAUGCCGUAAAUGAGAAAGCGAUGAAACGCGCCAUCCUCUUGUUCUCGAUGCAAAUCAAGCAGAUUGACGGCUGCGAGCAAUUUACUGUUACCGACCUGUGGAACCUAGAAUCCACAGAUGGGUUCGUAAAGGUUGUGAACAAUGUCAUCAAUCUUGUUGGAUGUCUACCAGAGGAUGUCUUCGUUGAACCACCACCGUCAUCUCCAGCACUGGCUUCAGCGCAGCAGUCUACGGAGUCUCUCACGUCAGAAAGCGGGGUGACAGCGAGCAGUACAGACGGAGGCGCUCGUUUCAACAUUAUCAAAGAGUUGGUUGAAACAGAGAGGAAAUAUGUGCAGGACUUGGAGGUCAUGCAGAAAUACUCCAAUGCGGCCUCACAGAUGAACGUGAUAGACCAAGACACGAUUCACCUGCUGUUUCCAGGUUUGAACAAGCUGCUCAAUUUCCAGCGAAAGUUCCUAAUUAAGUUGGAGAGUAUCGCGGAGUUAUCAUGGGACGAGCAGCGCUGGGGUUUCCCGUUCACAGAGAGUGAGGAUGACUUCGCCGUCUACGAGCCCUACUGUGCCAAUUACACUACGGCCUCGGAUAUAAUGCUGCAGGAGAUGCCGAAUCUUGGUGCGCUUGACGGUGUGUUGCUGAAGUCGGAUCUCCCAGCAUUUUUGAUCAAGCCUGUGCAGAGGAUAUGCAAGUAUCCAUUGCUACUUGAGUCGCUCCUUAAAGCUGUGAAAGGGACCGAUUAUCCGUUCUGCGACGAGCUGAAACUGGGAGUGGAUGCCGCCAAGCGCAUCACAGACAGGAUCAACGAGGCCCAGCGGCGAGCCGAGAAUGAUGCCACAGUGAAGAAUCUCGAAGGACGUGUCGAAGACUGGAAAGGUCAUCAUAUCUCGAACUUUGGUACGCUGUUGCUCGAUGACAUCUUCACCGUAACAAAGUCAGAGGUGGACCGGGAAUACCAUGUCUUCCUGUUCGAGAAGAUCAUUCUCUGCUGCAAGGAGUGUCUCAUUCCGCCACCGAAUGGGAGGAAAGUGGGUAAGAGUAACUCGAUACUCAAGAAGCCACCUGCUCCUCCGCCGUUGACGCUUCCGGGGGCUGGACCCUCGAAGAAAAGAAACACACCCCUCCUCCUCAAGGGCCGCAUCUUUCUCAACAAUGUGACUCGGGCUGAGCCCAAGGUUGCCGCGGGUCAAUAUUCGCUGGCGGUAUACUGGAGAGGCGAUGAUGAUCUCGAGUUCUUCACGCUGCGCUGUCGAAAUGAAGAGCAACUGAAGAUGUGGGAGACCCAGCUGAAUCGACUCAUCCAGGAGACGGCGAACCGACGUGCAUCGGAACGAAACCCACAGCGGCUGGCACAUCUUGCGUAUAUCCACGGCGUUGGCCAUUCCAAUCAGCAAAGGCAGACUCUACCUUCGUCUUACGGUUCAGAGCGAGAGAGGACAAAUUCUGUCUUUUCACGGACGACUUCAUACACUGCCACAUCGCCCUACCAGUCCGGCCCUCCCCGCCUACCUCGACAUCCGUAUGCAGCCGCUGGCGACGAGCCACCGCUGCCUAAUAGUGCAGCAAAUGGCUCGAACACCAACGGUUUUGGCAACGGUCCGCAAGGAUAUCCACCCCAUGACGGGUUCGAUGUUGAUCUCGAGGAUGAGUACGAGGAGUAUCCACCAACGUCACUGCCACCGUCCGGCCGAGGGACACCGGUUGGGCGGCCGGAUUACAAUGGGUUCCCUCAGAGUAUGCGAAACAGCACUCACGCGUCAGCUGGAGGGCAGUUCCCCCCAGCACUCACCCCGGGACGACCAUCAAUAUCUCGCAGCCCAGCGAGCUACGCGCCGGAUGUCAGCGAGACCUCGCCGAUAGCAUCACGCCCUGCCUUACGCAGUCAGUUCAGCUCGACACGGCUGCGAAAUCCGUACGAUCAGGCGGAGACACGCCCGAACGGCAGCCCUCGGAUCAGCUCAGGCGUCCCCGCGCCGCUCCGUUCACGGAGUGCAAGUCAACCCUCUGCCUAUGCUCCUCCUCAGCAAAUGCCGCCUCCCCCGCUUCCUACUUCCGUACCUUGGACGAGCAGGUCUCAGAGUUCGAUGGGUCAGCAUAGGAAGCGUGGGAGCGGUUCGAGUCAAUCGACAACGGGCGAGAGCUCAGACUACUCCCCGCAGAGCAAUGGCUCCCCGAUCACGCCAUUUGGCUCGAGCGAGUCAUCAUUGACCAAUAUGUCAAGCUCACGUACCUCUCGAUCGCAACAUAGCGAUCAAGUUGUCACAUCCGCGACCACCCAGCUUUCAGGACUGGUAAAGGUGAAGGUUCACUUCCACGAAGAUAUCUUCGUCAUCCAGGUCCCGCGAGCAACCGAAUACGAUGAAUUGGUGGAGAAGGUUGGCAAAAAGAUUAGGCUAUGCGGUCCGCGGAGAGACGACGGGCCGCUGCGCGUGAAGUACAAGGAUGAGGACGGCGACUUGGUAUCUCUUGGUUCCACAGAGGACGUGCAGAUGGCCUUCGAGUCCUUCGGCACUGGGAACCAAGUUACGCUGUACGUGCAAUGA